UCGCGCGCCACGCCAAACAGAUUCUGCACGCCCCUGCGCUCCGAUUUGAUGCUCUCUGAGAUUCUGAAAAUACACGAAGGAGAAAGACAAGUCCCAAGGCAUGAAUACAAUAUUUAAUCAACUAUAUGUCCACUCUAAGCGUCCGUCUUGCUGGACCUAUUGACCAUCGAUAGUUGUGUGCUCAAGUUUACCGAGAUCCAAAGUUGUCAGGCAGCGUUCAUUGAACGCAUGCGCAUUGCAUCCACUAUCCAGCUCAAAAUAAGAGUUAAAACAGAAACGAGUGCAGGAGGAGGAGAGCAGGGAGAGAUGACUGACACCCCUCCCAGUGAUGGCCCCUCCCAGGGGGUAGAGUUUGACAUGAUGGGUGCUCUGGACUGGCAGGACGGCAUCGCCACACUGCCCGGCAGCGACAUCAAGUUCCGUAUGACAGAGUUUGGAACUUUGGAGAUCGUGACAGAGCCAGAGGUCAAAGAAGCAGGGCCAACCCCCCAGAACCCUGCCCAGUCGAAAAGCCCCACCCCUCCACCAGAGGCCCAAUCAGAGAGCAGUGCAGCCUCUUCUGCAGCCAAGGAAGUCCAGCCACUUGCACCCAAGGCUCAAGGCCCUGUGCUUCUGUCUCUAGAGGAGGGUCCCACUGUGGAGGAGCCGAGAGUGGAGGUGGGCCCCAGGGUGGAGGUAGGCCCCGAGGUGGAGGCAGGCCCCAGGGCGGAGGUAGGCCCCGAGGUGGAGGUGGGCCCCAGGGCGGAGGUGGGCCCCAGGGCAGAGGUGGGCCCCAGGGCGGAGGUGGGCCCCAGGGCAGAGGCGGAGGUGGGCCCCAGGGCGGAGGUGGGCCCCAGGGCAGAGGCGGAGGUGGGCCCCAGGGCAGAGGCGGAGGUGGGCCCCAGGACCCCAACUCUCUACAGCAUGACCAGACCAGGUAUGGACAUGAGAGAUCAUGGCCUCGUGAUGAGGUAG